ACCAGAAUAGAGGAGCGUUUGAAUAGAUGAUGCUUCUGCUUCUACUUAAAAUCUGUGACAUGAUAUUGAGUAGUCACGUGGAUUUCCAUUGGCAUGGGUGAUUGGACUGUACAAAGGGUAGGACUGGCGCAACCCGCGAUCCUACCAUGCCCACCAGAAUGAUCAAGUCUAUCUUCUUCACGCGCUUCCACCCAGAGAAAGGCUCACGCGUCCUCCACCAAGUCCCUGAAGGCUCCAUCACGCCCUCUGCGUCCCCCUCCGCGCUCAAACAGCCCCUCUUCCAUUUUCCCUCCGUCUCUGACUAUAUAAUCCCACGGCAAGAGUUCUGCGAUCGCCUGGUCACAACUUGCACGAACCGCUGCCGCGUCGUGGGAUACCCUGUCUGUAUCAAGGGCGAGGGACGGUACAAUCGCAACGAGUUUAUCUUCAACUUUGCACUCGUUCUGGACGAGGACGCUGCGGAUUGGGGAAGCUAUGCAAGUGUGGUGAGGAAGUUAGGCAGGCUGCUCAGGGCACUGGAGGAACAAGGAGGGUUCUUGAGUCGAGAGGAGGAUCCGCGGAUGUUUGAGGAUGAUGAGGACGAUGGGUUGGGCUGGAAAGAGCAGGGACAGACAGAAAGUCAGACAGACGACGAUGAAGAACGGGAAUACACACAUUUCAACACAUGGAAAUCCAAACCGUCUGGAAACGGAGGAAAGGUGUAUGCACUCUGCGAGAUGAUUCUCGAGGACUUGAACAACUAUUGCGAGUGCAUGAUACCAAUAGACGACUCGAACACCAUAAACCUCAAACUCUUCCCCACGCACCUCCCGCCCGCCCCCAUAUUCGCCUGGCACGUCCCGCUCCUAACCAUCGACCUCUCCUCCUUCUCCUCCACCACCAUCUCCUCCGACCUCACCCUCACCCGCAUCCUCCCCUACAUCGACGGCACGCGCUCCGUCUCCCACCUCUCCCAGCUCGCCGACACCGAUCUCAGCCUGACCCGCAAAGCCGUCCAGCACCUCGUCUACUACGGCUGCGUCAUCCUCCUCGACAUCUUCCACUUCAACGCCAUCUACGCCCCCACCGCCGAGAUUUACGACUUCAUCACCGACCAGAGCCUGCAGGAGGAGUGCGCGCGCUACGUGCGCAUCCCGCACAUCAGCCUCGCUCACGGCGCGCGGCACGAGCGCAAGACGCUCGCUGCGCGCAACGUGCUCGCCGAGGACGGCGGGAACGAGGCGGCGGCGGUGGACGCGGACCGCUAUCGCGUCCCCAAGGAGCAUCUAGUGAAGCUGUACACGAGCCUGAAGCAGGGGCUCACACUGCGCAACUGGGUGCUGGAGAACUUUGAGCUGCUGACGUGUGUGGAUGUGCGGCGGUUCAUCACGUUUGGCGUCAUCAAGGGGUUUCUGUACCGCGUGCACAAGUAUGCGAUUGCGACGUCGUCGGGCGUGGCGGGGUUCGAGGAGGAGAGGAGAAGGGAGGUGCUGGUGAAGCCGCAUGAGGGGGAGGGUGUGGCGUAUGGGUCGGAUGUUAGUCGCGAGUUGCCGCUUGCGCGGUAUUUGGAUGGGCUGCAUAGCUUUGAUGAGAUCUGCACGGAGCUGAGGAUGAAUGAGAAGGAUGUUUUGGAGAGAGUGAAGGGGUUUGGGGAAGUGCAGAUAAUACAUCGAUGAUGCGGAUCUUGACGGCGUUUUCUGGGCUUGCAGUUUAGUCAGAAUUUUGGCAGCCAGAAAACAGCUCGAUCACGAAGACGUGGUUUCUCAACUUUGAUGAGUCGGUUCGAAGCCUACUGCAUGAUAUUUACGAAGUCUAGAGUUUCUCAGAUGUGAGUGGCAGAAGUCGCGUGAUGCCGGAAGGGGAGAGAGUGAAAGUCCUGGUAUUUCACCCCUUCCCAUCCCUUAGUUGCAUGUUAGGAUCAUGUCACUCGUCAUCUUGCUCGAGUCAAGUGUGUUGUUGUUGUCGCGAAAAGCAACACCAUUGAUAUACAUCUACACUUGAACCGCCUAGUAUAAGUACACGCUACGUUGGGCAUGGCGUAAACUGCCUACAAGGGGAGGCGACAGAGACCAAAG